UUGUGGGAUACUUUCUUCGCCGGUCGCCAUUUUGUUUUCUUGGAGGCACAAGUUGUGAAUAACACGUAGUUAUUUUAGAGCUUGUUUAGCUUAAUUUAAGAAAAAAUGCUAAGAGUUGUAUCAAGAAGACUUCUUYCUCCGGGAUUUUCUAGAGCUGUACCAGCUUUAGGUAUAACUGCUCGUCAGUCCAGUAAUAAGCCCAAAGAAUCAGAAGAGGCUUUUGAUGCAAGAUGGGAGGCAUACUUUAGCAGACCAGACAUUGAUUCAUGGGAGUUAAGACGAGGCCUGAACGAACUCUACGGCCAUGACUUGGUCCCAGAACCCAAAAUCAUCAAUGCAAUGCUACAUGCUUGCCGUCGUCUAAAUGACUAUGGCAUGUCAGUGAGAAUUCUUGAGUCUAUUAAAGACAAGGCUGCUGGCAAUAAAGAAAUUUAUAGUUAUAUUGUAAAGGAAUGCAAGCCUGUGAUUGAUGAACUUGGGAUCAGUACUCCUGAAGAACUUGGCAUUUCUAAGUAGACUUGACGUAUCGCUCACCAUUGGUCAUCCAUUAGAGUGACCACUAUUUGGGAUUUACAAAGAAUGUGUCAUCUGUUUUAAUUAUAAAGAAUCAGUAAUAUGUUUUUUGUUUUUUUUUUGUGAGACAUGUGCAUUUAACUACUGUCUGUUAUGGAAGAUUGUUGUAAAUUAAACACAAAAUAAUAAUAAAAAUCAUUUUAUUGA